GCUCCCUCUCCACCGACCGGCCGCCUCCAUUUAAAGUUAACGGGCACUUUGCCUCCCGGCCGACGGCAGGGUUCCCCCUCCACUCGCGUCGCCGCCGCUCCCGGUGAGGACCCGCCAGCACGCGGACAGCUCGAGCCCGAAAGGCAGGCAGUUAGUGCAGAAGCAGGCACCAUGUCCACCCCCACAAACCCAGAGGUGAAGGAACUGAACCCUGUCGACUUUAUCCAGCUACAACAGUACAUUGAAUACUGCAGCUUGAAGGUGAAAGACGUGCUGAGGGAAUUUGAUGCAGAUGGCAGGCUGGCCCGGCACAGACACGGAGAGUGCAUCAAUGAAGAAGGCUUCCGUCUGUUCCUGAAGACUUAUUUAGAAGUGGAGGACUUCCCUGUGGAUCUCUGCCAGCGACUCUUCCGCUCCUUCCAAAACUCUGAACCCACCCAGGAAGACAGCAACAAAGAGGUCUUCCUGAAGGAUGUUUCAUGUUACUUCUCGCUGCUGGAGGACGGCCAGCCCAGAGACAAGCUGGAGUUUGCUUUCCGGCUUUACGACAGAGAUGGCAACGGAGUCCUUGACAGCUCAGAAGUGGAUCGGAUUAUAGCUCAGAUGAUGCAUGCUGCGGAAUACCUCGACUGGGACGUGUCAGAGCUCAAGCCGGUACUGAAGGACAUGAUGACAGCGAUUGAUGCUGACAGCAGCGGCACCGUGUCUCUGGAAGAGUGGGUAGAGGGAGGCAUGAACAACGUUCCCCUGCUGGUCCUGCUGGGUUUGAAGAUGACGCAGAAGGACGGCCAGCACCUUUGGAGGAUGAAACAUUUCAACAAGCCUGUUUACUGCAACGUGUGCCAAAGCAUGCUGCUGGGCUUGAGGAAGCAGGGACUGUGCUGCACCUGCUGCAAGUACACCGUCCACGGACGCUGCGCCAACAGGAACCCGGCUCCGUGCACCAGGACGUAUGUGAAGUCGAAGAAGGAAACGGGGGUUCCAGCCCACGACUGGGUGAGUGGGAACUGCGACUCCAGAAAGUGUGACAAAUGCCAGAAGAAGAUCAAGAGCUUUCAGGGCUUAACGGGCAAACACUGUGUGUGGUGCCACACGAUGCGUCAUGAUGAAUGUGCGGAGCAGGAGCCGACACAGUGCACAUGUGGGCCACUCAGAGACCAUAUCCUGCCCCCGUGGGCCAUUUAUCCCGUCAUAAAGGAGAGACCCAAUAGCGUAAAGAAUGGCUGCUCAGCUUCAACAGAUGACAGCGAGCUCAAUACUACUCCUGAUGGACAAGUGCUUCAGAUCAACCCAGUGCCAAACACCCAUCCUCUUCUGGUGUUUGUUAAUCCGAAGAGCGGUGGUAAGCAGGGAGAAAGAGUCCUGCGUAAAUUUCAGUACUUACUGAAUCCGCGGCAGGUAUACAACCUUUCGAAUGGCGGCCCUGGACCAGGGCUGAGCUUCUUCAGAAAUCUGCAGGAUUACAGGAUCCUUGUGUGUGGCGGAGACGGCACAGUCGGCUGGAUCCUUGAUGCAAUAGACAAGGCCAAUCUGCUGGCGCGGCCACCUGUGGCCGUGCUUCCCCUGGGUACAGGAAAUGACCUUGCACGAUGUCUGCGGUGGGGAGGAGGCUAUGAUGGUGAGGAUCUGAGUCGCAUUCUGAAGGACAUUGAGGGGAGCUCUCAGGUGCUGAUGGACCGCUGGAGCGUGCAGGUUAUCACAGACGAGAACGAGGAGAAAGGCGACCCGGUGCCGUACGAAAUCAUCAACAACUACUUCUCUAUUGGAGUUGACGCGUCCAUUGCCCACCGGUUUCACACAAUGAGGGAGAAACAUCCCCAGAAAUUCAACAGCAGAAUGAAGAACAAGCUGUGGUAUUUCGAAUUUGCCACUUCAGAAACCAUCUCUGCUUCCUGCAAGAAACUGAGCGAGAGCAUAACCAUAGAGUGUUGCGGCACACCGCUGGAUCUCAGUGGCUUGUCUCUGGAAGGAGUUGCUGUCUUAAACAUUCCCAGCAUGCACGGUGGCUCCAACCUGUGGGGAGAGACCAAAAAAGCCGACACUAAGGGAUUAACAAGUCAGGAAGAGCCAGAGGUGAUCGUCAAUCCAGAUGUCCUGAAAGUGACCUCCCAAGAUCUCAGUGACCGUCGACUAGAGGUGGUCGGCCUUGAAGGGGCCAUGGAGAUGGGACAGAUAUAUACCGGCCUCAAGAGUGCAGUGCGACUUGCUAAGACGUCGCAGAUCACCAUCAGGACAAAGAAAGCGUUACCGAUGCAGAUUGAUGGAGAACCGUGGAUGCAGCCUCCCUGCACGAUUCACAUCACACACAAGAAUCAAGCCUGCAUGUUGAUGGCACCUCAGGCCAAAUCGUCCGGUUUUUUCAACUACAAAUAAAACCAACUGACUAAAUGCACAAGUUAAAUGUACAUAGAAGACUGACACUUUUUCUAUAAUCUCAGUUUGACUGCGUAUGUUUUAGAAUAACUGCAUUGUAACGGUCAAAGUUAGGUUAACUGUUUCUGCACCUCUGUAACACAUAACAGAAGCAUGGCAUGAUAUGAAUUUAAACUUUAUGAUAAGUUAUGUUUGCAUUGUGACAAAGUCAUUUUGACCAAAUGUUUAUUUUUUAUCAAUACCCAAGAGUCUUGCUGUCUUAAAGCUUCACAGUUAGUGGAAGUGCUGCUCUUUAGGAAUCUAAAUUAAGGUCAAACUCAAGUGAAUAUCAUGCUAAAAUAAUAAUAUUUAGCUUCAUGUGCCUUUCCAACCUGUCCUCUGUGGCUAUGGCUUAGAUAGAAGAUAUACAGAGCACUGUGUAGGCGUGUGCUUUGAGCGUAGACCAUGUAGUACUGCUGUCUUACUGCUGUAAAGAUGCUCAGAAAACCAGACAUGUAUUUAUGUUAGUUUGAAACCAAAAGUGAAGGAAAUGCAGGACUGCGUUUGUCAAUUAAAGAUAUUUUACUUUUUUCAUUCAUUUGAAAUGAUACUUGAAAGUGUUGUGAGGAACAGUAAAAGGAUAGUUUUUGCCAAAAAUGGGCUAUGUGUGUGUGUGUGUGUGUGUGUGUGUGUGUGUGUGUGUGUGUGUGUGUGUGUGUGUGUGUGUGUGUGUGUGUGUGUGUGUGUGUGUGUGUGUGCGUGCACGUGCGUGUGAAAGAAGGGAGUUAAAAUGUGUUCACUUCUGACUUAUAAUGUGUUUUUUGAGUAGGUUGAAAUACUACUGGUUCAGACCAGUUUAGAUGUGUUUAGUCGUUAUUUAAAUACUUUAUCAGUCAUAUCAAAUCAAUAUAUACAGAUGAUGUCAAUGUAAUAUGCCUGAAUUAACUUCUUGUGUAAAGAUUUUAAUAAAUUAUCUGGACUCCAGAUUUACA